CGCCCUCAUUUCGCACAGACGCAAGUUGCACUUCAAUAUAGCGAUUCCUGGAAGAUACUAAAUCUUCCAUCAGCGCUAUAAAUACGAUCUAAAAAAAAUCUUUUUUUCAUUCUUUCUAUUUCUUUCAUUACUGUGCUAACCUCUUUUCAAAAUGAAAUUUAUGAUUGUCACAGCUUGCUUGGCGUUGGCCUGUGGAGCACAUGCCUCUGGCUGGGCUGGCCCCCCCGCCAACAUUGCUCUGUCCCAAGAUGGACGUAACAUCCUCGACACACCCGAAGUAGCACAGGCCCGUGCGUCCCACCUCGCUGCCCUUCAGCAAGCAGCACAGAACAACCCUAAUCCCAACGACGAUGGCUCCUACGAUCCUCGCUGGGACAACGAAGAGUACUGGCAGCGUGCUGAGCAACCCAAAUGGAACGCCGCUCCCGCUCAAUCUUGGAAUGCUGCCCCCGCUCAAUCUUGGAACGCUGCUCCUCAGUGGAACGCUGCCCCCGCCGCCCCCGCAUGGAAUGCCGCUGGUCAAGCCCCCGCUCCCGUUGCCGAAACCCCUGAAGUAGCGCAAGCUCGCGCCGCUCACCUCGCCGCACUCUCUGCUGCCAAAUCUGUCGCCCCCGCCCAGCAACAAUGGAGCGCACCCGCUCAACAACAAUGGAAUGCUCCUUCUCCCCAACAGUGGAAUGCACCUGCUCCUCAGUGGAAUGGAGCUCCUUCCUGGCAAGGUCAGCAAGCUCACCAACCCGCCAACAUCAGGCUAGCAAAUGACGGUUCCGGCAUCUUAGACACUCCCGAGGUAGCGGCGGCGCGCGCUGCCCAUUUAGCGGCUCACCAACAGGCGGCGCAAUCCGCUCCCCCUGCGCACGCUCCUCAGCAGCACUGGUGAAGCUCUUCUUCUCUUCUCCGUCCGGCUGGACGCAGCGCUAGCCCGUAGCUCGCGGUUAUAAGAACCACGUGUGUGCCAUUACGCCCUAGGUCUGCGUCGAGGCGUCUAUUCCUUCCUCCGAUCUCUUCUUUUAGGAACUUUUCAAAGUGCAAGUGCGUCAGCCUAUUCUAUCCUUGUGGCUUUUUGUUACUUUUAUAAGGAAAUUAUAUUAAACGAACAUUUUGUACAUAAUAAUUGUAUGUAUGCGUAAUAAACGAAGUAUAUAGAAAGGAAAAUA